AUGGCUGGUGAAACAGCCUUUGCUUACCAUGAGCCAGCCAUUACCACGAUCCUUAACCAAACGGGAUUCCUCUUGGUUCUGAACCGGGUCAAUGUCUGUCUAGACAAACUCGUCUACUGCGGACUCAUCGGCCAGUCGUUCAUCGGGAUCCUCUGGGGCACACCAGGCACAACAGGCGCAAAAUGGCUCGUUCGUGAUAUGGCAACCGUGAGCCAACAGCUUGGGUACCUGGGUCUGAUCAUGCUCGUCUACGAAGGCGGUCUGUCUACAUCUCUGCCUUCAUUGAAAGCGAACCUUUUGCUUUCACUCGCCGUAGCCAUAACGGGCAUCGGCGCACCAAUGGUCCUGUCGUUCAUCCUCACUAAACUGGUCUCGGCGACUCCCACCCCAGGCCUUUUCCGCCGGCGCGGCCCUCAGCGCAACGAGUUUGGGAACUACUUUCACCAUUCUCUCGACCACGGUUCUCAUUAA